CCAAGGAGACAAGGUCAGAGGUCGCUUGAAAGGCGCGACAAACAUGCGCGAAAGUUCGAUUUGUGUGUUGUUGCUGCUAGAAAUUGAAAUUAUAUGGUAGUUUAUCUUAGUAUGAUGGCCUCGCUUAGGACGGAGGUUCUAUCGAUCUACAGGACAAUACUGAGGACAGCCAGAACUUGGAAAUCGCUGUCAGGCAACCAGCAGGAGACCCAGGAAGAGGCGAAGUACAUCAGAGAAGAGGCGAGGGCGCUCUUCAAGAAAAAUAAACACCUUACAGAUAAGGAAGAAAUCAGACUAUGUAUAAGAGAAGCUGAAACUAGACUUGAAUUAGCACAUCAUUAUGGGAUUCCAUAUCCAAGACCAGUGAACCUGCCUCCCAUGGGCCUGGGAGGACCUCAGAGGAAAGGGAAGAAAGUACAGGAGAGACUCAGACACCAGGCCAAGCCAGUCUACCUACAUUCCCAUGAAGAAAUAGAAAAGUAGACAUCAACACAGCAAACUGUUCUUUAUUCUUGCUUAUGUGCUGUCAGCAAAAAACUCUUAAGAUAUAGGUGUUGACAAUGUUUGAGUAGUACAAUAUGCAAAUUAGAAAGCCAUGUUGCAAUUUUGAAUUGUACUCACAGCCCAAAUUACUUUGUUAGUCUGCCUAUUUUCAUAGAUAUUGUAGUACAUCCCUUGAUUCAUGAUCAUGUGCUCAUAGCAAAAUAUGAGUCAAAAUAAAUUUCUUUAUCUUGAGCAGCAGUUAUGUACAUUACAAAAUAACCCUUACAAUGUAAAGGUGGUCCACACUUGUUGAAAUCCAAACAUACUAAAUUACGGAAACAAAAUGUGACUACAUGUAUUAUACAAAGGGAGGACAUGUUUGUACCACCAAAGCAAGUCUGCCCGCUAGAUCAGUAAAAUAAAGAAAACAAUGAGUUUCAGGAUGUCCGAAUAUGGUAUAAAUCUUUUUCUUGGUUAAGUAAAGAAUAUAGUGUUACAU